GGCAACUCUAAUUACAACGAUUCAAAACAAAAAUAUUUUCCUUUCUUUUCUUUUUGAGAAUGUCUACGGCAUUAAUUUUUUUCAAAUUUAUUAUUAUAUAUAUUUAUUGUUUUUGUUAAUAGUUUUUUCAAUUGUUCCAAAUUGACCGCUCUAAAAUUCUGAGUCCAAUUAAACGAUGUUUGCACGCGCAGAAAACAACAAGUUAUAUUCAACACCGACGACGGAGUAUCAAAACGAAUGGACAAUGCCGAACGUGGUAAAUAAAGCCAAGCCUAGCCAAUUGAUCAAAAUGGAAAAGGAAAAUGAGAACAAGGAUUUGCGGCGAAAGUUAAAGAGUCUUAAUAAAGUAACCUUUCAUUCGCUCUCAGAGCGGUCACCAGGACUGACCAACAAGGAAACCGUCUGGGAUCGUUUGAGUCGCGUCAAGAAGAGCGCUAGUAAUGAGGGAAAUUUCUUGUUGGGAUCCAAAAGCCGAACGCUAAUACCGACAGCGAAGAGUACACAACGUCUACAACAACACCAACGCACGGCGUCGCAACGUACGAAUAAAAAACCCUUAACGCCGAAUACAAACCUCAACAAGCGCGUAACGGAGAAGAAAUCUGUCAGAAGAAUCAAGAGCAAAGCAACGUAUUUACAUGAAUUAGACUUGGAUGAGAAUGCUUUCAAUUGCAAGCGUGUCAAAGAGAUACUAACAGCUCGCAGUAUUUGCAAUUCGAAGACUUCUUCGGAGGAAUGCUCACUGAAGCAGGUGUCUGCGCGUACGGAGAAGGUUAGUUGUUUACUGAAUGAUCAGCUCAACACCGAUUAUGAGUUCGAAGACUCCGAGAUGGAGAAGCAAAUAGAGUCUCAGGAUUCUUUGGAUGAUUUUGUUAUUGCGCCCCUGAUGGCAGUGCCCACAACAGACUCAUUGAAUAUGAGCGCGACAAUUUCGUCGAAUUUCCGUUGCCUACUGGACAGUAGAAAGAAGAAUAUGGCACCCGAUGAGAUAGCCAUGAUAAAGAAUGUGGUGAAAACGGAUGAGCGGCAUCGUCAACUGCAGCCAAACGACUCUAUACUUUUCAAAGAGAUACUCAAAACACAGUUGAAAGAGAUCAUACGUCAGGAGACGGUUGUGAAGUCGGCGUUGCAUAAUCUAAACGAACACCCUUUGGUGAAUUCACCAACGACUGUAGCCAUUCACAAGCCAGUUAUACCGCUGAGUGUGGAACCCAAAAAGCAACAGGUGGAUGUGAUCUUUAAGAAUGUGCCCACACUUGAGAAAGAGAUCAUCAUCUUAAAGGCAUUAGGCGAGAAGUUAGAAGCAACACUGAAACGCACCGUCUCUCAUAGUGAUAUUAAGCUAAAGGAACUGAAUAAACUUGCCACAACGCUCGAGACGAAGUGGCAUGUCAGUCACCACGAUAAUUUCCAAUAUGCCUGCAAUGAGUUCCUCUCCAUGGGUGUGCGCCGUUGCAUCGGCAUUGUGCAGGAGUUUCGCAUGGAGCACAAGACUAUUGUGGAACUGAAAGAGCAAGCUAGUCAUCAUUUUUAUCUACCCUCCAACAAAGACAACACCGAACUGAAGCGCACUUCGUUUAAGCGUCUUAAAGAGAACCCCGAUUUGCUGAUGCGUUACUUAAAACCGAAAAGUACACUGGUGCCGUUCAAUGUGCUGGAACAGGACCCCUGCUUUUUCAAUAGUUUUCUCUAUUCUCCUUGUGUCAUAGGAAGUUUGGAAAGCUCUAUGUCACUACAAAAAGAUUUGCGCACUGCAGAGACAGUGCAGAAGACACCAUCCAAGGAUGCUGGCGACAGCGCACGUAGUGCGCGUGUACCUUACAAGUAUGAGAAGGAGCCAUUGAAGAUCGAAGAGAUACAGUGUACGUUAAAUGAUGCGCUCUACAAUGGGCAACAACAACCGGCAAGGUCACUGGUGGAGGCAGAAAUUUCCACGAAUUUAGAGGAAAGAGCGGUGAACACCUCACGCAUACGCAUAUGUGUGUGUGAAGCGCCGGUACGAGGACGUAAACGUCGACGCAUACGUCGUCAUCAUACUCCACUGUUGCCGGAGAACAACCGGGAUCCGAAGAGUAACAUCUUCAAAACCAUACUCGUGGGCAGCGUACAAAUAUCUGUAUUUCUCCUACUAAUCAUGGCCAUUACAUAUCCGGAUGUCAGAUGUUGAAUUGCUGGGGGUCAAUUGGCUCUAAUAAUUAAGCGCACUUAUUCGCUUUCUCUGUUUUUCUCCUUCUCGUAGUACCAGUGAAUUCUUUGAUUGUAUUGCUUAGUAAUUUUUUCGCUCGUUCGUUCGAAUUUUUAUAUGUAUUUCGAAAUAAUUUUGCUCGGCAAAGAUGUAUGUAGUUCAAAAUUCUGAUUGGAGAGGAAAUUGCAGAAGUGGAAAAUUCUUUGUAGUCUGCUUUGGAGAAAGAUUUUAAUUUCUGUAAUUUCUUUUACAAAGAUUUUCGGGUGUAUUACACCAUUUGUCUAAAUAUUUUAAUGAAUUUUCGAAAUUUGCGCAGUAAAAUGUAAUGAGUUCUUUUAAUACAAAAAAAAAA